GGGUAUAAUGAUUCGUCGAUUUUAAAUAUCCCAACCUACUUGUGUACUUUCAUCCAAUCAGAACAUAGCUUCCUCCCACUGCCUAUUCGACGCAACGGAAGACCAACUGGCAGAUCAACGAGGAAUCGAUUCGCAAGCACUUGUAGAGUACAGAGCUCAACAAAACUUGGCAGUUGAUGACGCAGGCUUUAAGUAGCACGAUUAUGGAUCAUGGGUUUAGUAAACGGAAUCCUGCACUCCGCCUAGUAGACGUGGCCUGUUCGUACGUUCCGUCUCAUGCCAGUCUUGCCCACUCACACCCAGGAUUCAAUGGUGUAACGGCCGGCUACCCUCUGAGUCAGGCCGUGGUAGCAGCAACUCAACACCGCGGACCUCAAGAACAAGGUGCGUCAGAGAUGUUAAGCCAAUUCAUGGAUACAGCCCACAUGGGCGCCAUCAAAUUAUCCCCACCUCAUGCCAUGCCAGGAGACCUUUCGACUCAGGGAAACCACCAGUUUGCUGCCCAGACCAAUGGCUACGGUGUCCCUCCUUCACAUGCACAUCAUCACCACGGUCACGUUAGUAGCUACGCCGCUCGAGAAUUUUUCCUUCGCCGUGAUCACAUGCCGACUCUAGCCGGUAGUUUAGCUUCUCAUGAUGCCCUCAACGGCAAUGGUCCAGCUCAUCACGGAAUGUUUGUGCCAUCCUCGGCUGCUCUUCACGCUGCUCAUCAUACAGGUGACCCCACAUCCUCACAUGUAUUGUUUCCUGGUUUUGACCACCCAUCAGCACAUCACACGGGACACAUGAACGGCCAAAUGAGAUUGUCACUACCUGGUGCAGACAUGUACGGACGUCCUGAUUCUUUCAAUCAGAUGACCGGACCAAGAGCUGACCACCUGACAGGGACUUAUAGCCCCAUGAAUAUGGGGCACAUGAACAUGGGACCUCACGGUCCUGGAGCCUUUUUUAGGUAUAUGCGUCAUCCUAUCAAGCAAGAAAUGACGUGUUUAUGGGUCGAUCAAGAACAACCGACACCACGAAAAGCAUGCAACAAGACAUUUUCUUCAAUGCACGAGAUCGUCACCCAUCUAACGGUUGAGCAUGUUGGAGGACCGGAAUCCAAUUACCAUGCCUGUUAUUGGCAAGACUGUUCUCGCAACGGGCGGCCCUUCAAAGCCAAGUACAAGCUGGUCAACCAUAUACGAGUCCACACGGGUGAGAAGCCUUUUCCCUGUCCUUUCCCCGGCUGUGGUAAAGUGUUCGCCAGGAGUGAAAAUUUGAAAAUCCACAAAAGAACACACACAGGUGAAAAACCGUUCAAGUGUGAAUUUGAAGGAUGUGAUAGAAGGUUCGCCAACAGUUCUGAUCGCAAAAAACACUCGCAUGUUCACACGAGCGACAAACCCUACAACUGUAAAAUUCGAGGAUGUGACAAGAGUUACACACACCCGAGUUCCUUAAGGAAACACAUGAAGGUUCACGGCAAGUCGUCACCGCCACCAGGUACCAUUCCUCCGGGAUCGGCUGGGAGCACCAGCUCUGGCUCUGGUUACGACAGUGACACGCCGAACAACGUCAGUGGGAAGUAUGCUAGCCGUAAUAGUCUAGUCGGAUCAAGCGGAGGUCCCGGUGCUUCGGGCCAUGCGGCUUUACCCCUGAGCCAGUCAAAUCCACCUCAUAGUCUAGGUGGGGGUGGACCUUCAACUAAUUUAAGUGAAUGGUACGUGUGUCAGUCAACAACAGGCAUGCCCACCCCACCCAGCAACGAACACUCACCCCUGGGUGGAGUUGGAGGCCACAGUCACCAUCUUCACGCUGCUUCAGCUUACUGACCACCGGUCACUCCCACUAAGGUAGGAAAGCCUUUGUACAGAUUAGACAUUUCGUUCCAGCUCUAUGCACUUGUAUGAGCUGGAACAAACUGUGUUCAUAAUGUUGACGUGGAUAUUGUUUGAAAAACUUCAUGACAACUGGUCCCUCCGACCACGACUAUAAAGAGUCGAUGUUUUCUCUUGUAUAGACGACGUAUUUAUAAAAUACAUGGGCAGAAACUUGUUUGUAUAUGCACCAGGAAAAUGUUCUUUGUACGCCAGGUGUUCAAGUACCAGAUGCACUUGUAUCAUAGUAAAACUUGAAUAUAAUUUUAUCAAA